GUGGCAGAUAAGGAAGUUUGAUAUGAUUAAUCGAUAUUGGAGAAUGAAUUAAGUAACUAAUUCUUUGUAACGAGUGCGGUAAUUAAUGUAUUUAACAAAUGCAUGAUGUAACAGGAUACAAGUUAUUAUUACCAAAAAAGAUUUAUCCAGUCAUGGUGAUGAUAUCUGCAAUUUACAUACGUACUUAGCAAUUCCAAAUAUAUUUAUGCAGUUGUGCUGCUUGUGCGAUGAUAAGAAUUAUUUAUCUUCUCAUUUAAUGCAGUAUAAUUUACAAAUGAUGAUUUGAUCAUUUUAAUGUGUUUGAACAAACAUGUUGUCAUAAACGUUUAAGCCUGCCCAUGAAGAGUAAUAAUUUCGUACCUGUGAUCACCUUUAAAUAUUUCGGACAAUCUAUAAUAUGGAGGAAAAACGCUUCCCAUAUCGAGUAUCUUCGAUCACCUUAUCGACAGCAAUUUUAGUGACAUCGUGCAUCCUAGCGAUCACUCUAUUUGCUAAUCAACGGAGUUCAAACGUACUUGGAAGUUAUUUUGGCACCUUGAUUUAUCUGGGGAGCUGUGUUUUGCUAAUAUUCGAGCUAUGGAAAACGGACAUUCUUCCAAAGUUUCUGGAAACAUUGAAGGCAAAGAUAAUUCCAUGUACAGGAGUGGAAAGGGAUAAUUCAUUACUUAAUUAUGAAGUAAUUCGACCCAGCAAAAUCCAUAAUUAUCUUGCAUGGGGUUUUUCCGUUGGCUAUUUCCUCUUCCAUUCGUGGCGAAUUGCGAACGACUUUUAUUACCUGUUCGAUGACCGAAUCGAAUGUUUCAAUGUAUUUAAUGUACUUCAAGACAUAGCAAAACUGGUAAUAGCGGCUUUAAUAUUAUUGGCGAUGGUUAACAAGGAACGUAUAUCUCAAAGCAAUAAUCUAUCGUCAUACUUCGUCUGGCCCAUCGUUGGCGCGACCUGUUUCUACGCCGCGUUCAGCUACAUCGUUGAGGAGAUGGUGUGGGCCUAUAUCAGCAUAAUUCAAAAGUCCAUAGACGACCCUGGAUUCGGUUUGGACAUUCCCGCUAACAUUACACGGGGGGAGGAUUAUAUUGAAGAGCUUUUCAAAAUGAAGGCAAUCUGUUUACAGCACAGUUUAUGGGCUCGUGUAUCCUUCAGGAUUCUGACCAUGGUGCCCUUCUCGGCGCAGUAUUUUUCCCUAGCGUGCUUCUUUUCGUAUAUGGUUUGGCGCAAUUUGGAUUACGAAGUUCCAGAAUUUCAUGACCAACACGACUUGGACAGUCCACUGCUUGAUGAUAAUUCUAGUCAAGAAAACAACGAAGCUAUCCAAGAUAGAGAUGAUGAAAUUCGUCCUGCGACAAGUCUUCAACGACACAACUACCAGAAUUUGCCACAACCACAGGAUCUCUUACUAUCAUUUAGUGGUGCCGUUACAAUAAUCUUCUCUAUUUCCUUAGUUAUUAUUGCAACUAUUACCAUAUUCCAUAUCGGCAUGGAAAAGGGAUACAGAUCUGAGUCAAUUUGGCUGUACCACGGACAGGUUUCGAUACUCCGUCUUAUCAUAUUUAUAAUAGAGUGGACUUGAGUGGAGGCUAUCCUGCUGGUGUAAUGGGCAAAAUUUAAGACCUGAUCCAUAUCCGCGAGACAUAUUCCGAUGGGAUGUAACCUUACUAAUUUUGCCUUUAAUUCCGCUCGGAAUUUUGUACACGUUACGGGCAGCCCCAGAACUAAUGUUUUUGUCGGAAGUACCAAGAGAAAGUGUAAUAUCGAUAGUUUUGAAUGUAUUUUUGGCCCUGCUAAAUUGGGGUUUGGCUGCAAGUCAUUCUUUUUUUACUGCACAAUUAUUUUGCAGAUUACAUUACUCUGUGCAACUUGAGAGAAUCAAGUAUAUCAUUUUGACAUUUGGGAUACUCAACUUGAGUUUGUGGUUUUGCUGGAUAUUGGAAUGCAGACUGGUUACGAUAUAUUUGGCAAGUACUCGAAUUUAUGGGGUGGUUAAUUGGAGUAUCAUUGCAUAUUGUACGAUUCCUUUUAUACAGUUUGGCAUAGCGCAUAGUGCCACUUGUUUUUUUGAAAUAUAUAGUAAUAUUAGGCUAGUACAUACUCGUAGAUAAAUUGAUACCCAGCCUAUACAGUUAUGUAUGCAUAUACAUACUUAUCCUUCGAUACACAAUAAAUAGAUUUCAGAAGAUGUAGUAUCUAACAAGAAUUUCCACAGGGAUAUUUAUACUACUUUAAUGUAAAUAUGUAUACAAGUACAUAUGUACAUACGUACGUGCAUAGGUAACUGUUAAAUUAG